GGGCCCAGCCUGCCGCGUUACACAACCGGUCGCCGCCACAGUCGAGUUUCACAGGUCCCGCCGCGGAUGCCCGCAGCCUGCGCCCCCCGUGCGCCCACCCCCACGUAGCGCAUUUUUCAGCACUGCCCCCUGCCCUGCCCGCGCUCAUGCCAUGUCACCGCCGGGCAGCGGGACCCCGCGGCGAGCGGUAACCCCUGUUGCUGGGGGAGCACCGUGCCGGGACUGGGCAUGGCACUGAGAGCGGCUCCAGGACGCUCAUCUUCCUAGACGGUACGUACGGCCCCGGGGGACGCGAACCCUACUGGGGUGAGGCGUGCAGGAGGGAGGGUCCUCGCAGCCCUCAGGGAGCGGCGGCAGCCCUGGAAAACCCCCGGGUUACCACUGCAGGGCCGGUACGCGGCACUCGCCGCUCCGCCCUACCUCCGUCGGACACUGCCAGUACGGUCGCAGGAUUAAUUUUUCUCCGUCUAAUUUACAUGGUGAUAAGAAGUGCUAAUCCCACUCUGUCAGUCUGGACUGAUGUAUCUGAGGAAUAGAACAGAGCCCUGUGUUGUGUAAACGAACUGAUGGAUGAAGAUGAGAAGGACAGGGCAAAGAGGGCAUCACGCAACAAAUCUGAGAAGAAGAGGAGAGACCAGUUCAAUGUCCUCAUUAAAGAGCUUUGCACAAUGCUGCAGGGCCACGGCCACCCUCUCAAGAUGGACAAGUCCACAAUACUGCAGAGGACCAUUGACUUCCUACAGAAACAGAAAGAAAUCACAGCACAGACAGAAGCCUGUCAGAUUAGACAAGACUGGAAGCCUUCAUUUCUUAGCAACGAGGAGUUCACUCAGUUGAUGUUAGAGGCACUAGAUGGCUUUCUCAUUGCUCUUACCACUGAUGGGAUUAUUAUUUAUGUAUCUGAUAGUGUUUCAUCUCUGCUAGGACACUUGCCGUCAGAUUUGGUGGACCAAAAUAUAUUAAACUUUCUGCCUGAGGGGGAGCAGAGUGAGGUGUACAAGCUCCUUUCUCCACAUGUGCUCAUGACAGAUCCUGUUGCAGCUGAUUUUCUAAAUGCAGAAAAACAAAUAGAGUUUUGUUGCCAUUUAGCAAGAGGCAGCUUAGAUCCAAAUGAACCUCUGAUGUACGAAUAUGUGAAAUUUGUAGUGGAUUUUAAAUAUUUUACUGAUGUGCCUACACCUUCCUGUAACGGCUUUGAGUCAGCUAUUGCACGAGCUUUCAGGUCAGCCACAGAGGAGCAGAUUUGCCUGGUAGCGACUGUUCGUCUUGUCACGCCUCAGUUCUUAAAGGAGCUCUGCAACACUGAAGAGCCAUGUGAAGAAUUUACAUCACGGCAUAGUUUAGAAUGGAAGUUUUUAUUCUUGGACCACAGGGCUCCACCUAUUAUAGGAUAUUUACCCUUUGAAGUUCUGGGAACAUCAGGGUAUGAUUACUACCACGCAGAUGACCUGGAGCUUCUUGCUAGGUGCCAUGAACACUUGAUGCAGUUUGGAAAAGGAAAGUCCUGUUACUAUCGGUUCCUGACCAAAGGGCAGCAGUGGAUAUGGCUGCAGACACACUACUACAUCACCUACCACCAGUGGAACUCCAAGCCUGAGUUCAUUGUUUGCACUCAUCUGGUAGUUAGUUAUGCAGAAGUUCGGGCUGAGAGAAGGCGAGAUCUUGGCCUUGAGGAGUCAUCAAUUGAACUGGCAUCCUCUUCUCUAAAGAGCCACAGCAGCUACCUGGACGUGGGGCAGUGCGGCAGCAGCCAGGAUGCCAGCCAAGAGGGAGUGUCGCUGUCAUCACACAGCUCCCAGCACUCCUCGCAUACCACCCUCUCCAACUCCACCUCCACGUCAUCCUUGCGGCGCACAGACACCAGCACUCCCACCCGGCUGUCAGUGCCGGGGGCUUCAGGGGAGAAGACAGCCCUGCGGCUGGCAACAGUCAGGAGCACUCAGGCCAUAGCCACUCCUCAAGCUCCUGGUGAACACCUCUGUCAGCACCCUGUGGCUCAGCUGGCAGGGCCCUCCCAGCACCCUCAGAUGCCAGUGUACCAUUUCCCCACCCAGCUGGGGAUGAUGCACCAGCUGAAAGAGCAGCUGGAGGAAAGGACUCGCAUACUGCAGGCUGACAUCAAGACGCAGCAAGAGGAGCUCCAUGUCAUCAAGGAGCAGCUCCAGCUCGUGCAGGACUCGAACCUGCAGAUGCUGAUGCAGCAGCCGAUCCCUGUCAUCUUUAACACUGUGCAGCAGCCGAGCCCCCGGAGGCCGCCGCCGCAGGGGACGCCCAGGCAGACCACAGCCAAGAAGUCACAGCAGCCAGUCCUCAUGGGGACAAAGCACUACUGCAGCACCCACCUGCUGUCACCGCACCCAUUCCUCAGGGACCCCUGUGGCACAGUCCCCCAGGUACAGCAGCAGAAGCAGCAGCAUCCAAUAAGAGGAAGCCAAGGCCAGCAAUUAUGUGUGCCAGGGCAGGCAAGCAUUUCAGUGCCCUUCUACAACAACCCCAUGGUGUUCUCCCAAACACACCCCAUCACUGUGGCUGCACAGGUGCCGACUGACAGCAGUGAGAGGCAACCACCAGCUGACUACAGCCAGGACAGGAGCCUCAGGUACCCACAGCCCUGCUGGGACCGUCCCAGGAGCAGCGACAGAAAACAGCAGAUGCUGUUGGAUCAGUCCAUCCAAGCCAUGAUGCCCACAGCCAACAGUAAUUGUCAGCCAUUGCAGAGCAGUGCCAGCAGGCAGCAAGGAAAGUUUGUUGCAGAGCAGCAGACCCUGCCUCCCCCAGCACAGGUGCAGCCAGUCACCUGCAGCACCAUCAGACCUCCAGCCCCACCACCCAUCUUCUCCCCGUCUCUAAUGAUCCCACACUCCAGCUUCACAUCCCACCAGGCCAGCACACCAGUUCAUCUGCACCAGUGGCCACAGCAGCAAGUUCAGCAGCACCACCUCUACCUUCAGAUGCAAGGUCCUGAGCUGGUGCCUGGGGCUCCGAUACAGCGCAUUUUCCAGCCAUCCCACACUCCACAGCAGAACCCCUUGAGCUACUUCCUCCAUUCGCAGCAGCAGAGCCACCACACACAGGGCCAGCCCUGCAACUUGCCUGACCUGCCCGAGAUGCAGCUGCCAUGAAAGUCGGUUCUGGGAGACAAGGCUGCGGCUGCUGUGCCCGGGCACAUGCAGGAGAGCAGGACACCAGCACAACACAGCACAGGAAGAGGUUGGGCUCCAUGGGGAGAUGAUGGCUGGAGGGAUGAUCUCUGACAGGGAUGCAUGGCUGCAAGAGCCUCGUUUGUCGGGCUUUCCAUGUAGCCAGCCCAUGAUGCUGUUCCAGCAGCAGGGUGUGCCCUGGCCUGGCACCGUGGUGCCACUGGAAUUGGUGGCUUUCUUGCUGCAGGGGGGUGUGGUAUCAGCCCAUCAUGAAGCUCAGUUUGCAAUGGAAAAAAACCUUUUCCAUUCAGGACUUCAAUGCUGAAAGUCACUGUGAAUUUAAGCCCAGCAUUUGGAGCACAUAGACUGUACCGGUCUGCAGGACACCAUUGGAUUACCAUGUACAUAACUCGUUUUGCUGUAGUAAGUCCAUUGUGAAUUCUUUUUCCUUUUUCUAUACCUCAGUCCCACAGUUUUUUUUUCCAGGAGUUUGGAUAAUGCUGCUAAUCUACAUAACACCACUUUUGCCUGAAUUUCUUAUUGUUAUACCAGCUCACAUCGCAGCUAGUACAAUAUUUGUCAUGUUUUACUUUUGGUUAACAAGCAAAACAUAAAAACAUACAAAUUUGUAUGUUUUUAUGUUUUUUUACUCCCUGUAGCCAGAUAUUUUUCGGUUACAGAAAAAGAACCUUCUUGUUUGUUUGUUUGUUAGUUUGUUUCAAGUGAGGUAGUUGUAUAUAUUUCUAUACAUGAAAACAAGCAAACAUGCAUAGAACAACAUAUGACAGCAAACUUUGUGGUUUUGCUAGGUCAUGUUUCAAUUUGGCAAACCCAAAAUGUAUAAUCACAACACAUGAUUUUACAAGCCCAUAGGGUCAGCAAUAAAUUGUAUUUUUGUAAAUUGUCAAUUUUUAAUGGUAAGUUUAUAUUUAUGAAUUGAAAAAGUUUAUUCUUCAGUGGGUGUAUAGUUAAGUGUCCCUACUGUUUGUGUCUUUCCAAAGGAAAAAUUAAAAAGUACAUAUUUGAAGUGUUAGUAGCUGAGUACUAACUUUGGGCAUUUUUAGAGCCCAAAUGUAGAUGGGUUUGGCCAUUACUAUAAACUUUGCAAGGCAGUGGUUAGGACCAGGUCCAUCUACCAGUAAAGCUCCAGCUGGCAGACAGCAAGGUUUAGAGAGGAGUUAAUUCCUAAUGUUUAGUUCCUAAUAUCUGUUGAAAUUAAGCAAAGAAUGCUUGGUUUUGCUUUUUUUUUUUUUUCCCUUUAAAUGGUGUUUUUUGGGGUUUUUUUUGUUUCCUUCUUUUCCUUCUAUAAGCCACUUUCUGGGCCCCUUGCAGCACUGCAGCAGCUGGUGUUCCUGAUGUUACUGGUGGAGCAGCUUUUGACACAAGUAGCUGCAAGCAGCCCUGUGUUUCAAGAAAAGGGUGCAGCAGGG